UGAAUAGCCGUUGGUAGGUUUGAUGUUGUUGUUUAGAGCCAUUGGGCUUUGGACUUAGUGGCCCAAUUGAGAAUUAAUUGGGAGCCCAAACAACAUGCCCCCCAGACCCGGUCCAUUUAGAAUUAAAUGGGUGGGUUUCCAGCUGUCAGAAGUCCGAAAGUUCCCUCUCUUUUUUGAAAAGGGAUGAUUUGCAUUGAUGACAAGUGUUGGGAAUUGUACUGUGUCAUGGAGAUCGUGGGUUUGAGGAAGUUGAUGCGCCCUUUCUCUUUUCUAUAAAUACUGGGUGCCUUGCUCCUUUUAAACUUUUUACUCCUUAUUUCAAACCCAUUCUCUCUCUAAAUUCCGGCGAUCGCAGUGCAAUUUGCUUCUUCAGAUCUACGAAAUUCGGCCAACUUUAGACUUCGGGAACUUGUGUUGUUCGCUUUAUCGGCGAAUUCCGCUUCGGAAAAAGGUAAUUUGUUUCUGAGUUCUCCUUUUUUCUUCGUUCUUCCUUCUACCCCUCAAUCUAAACCCUAGAUCGAGAUUUCGCGACCAUGGCAAAGAAUAGGGGCAAAAACAAGUUCGUUGUUGGCUCCUCUAGUGAGAGAGAGAACGUGCCUUCGGGGAGGUUACCGAAAUCUUCGAGGGGUCGACCUUCGGAGAGGCCGUUGGAGAAGAGUUCGAUUGGUUGGGAUGCUUCCGAAGAUGAACGUGCAACCUCUGGUGAGAGAGCUGGUUUUUCGGGUGUUCGUCGUCGUUACUCCGAGUUUCCAGUUCAUUGGUCGGAAGCUGAUCCGAAGGGCAAGUAUGCCUCAAUUUUGCAUGAGACCACGCAGAUCGACGGUCCGUUGGAGAAAUCGGUCAGCGGUGACUGGUUGGUGGAAGCGAAGUUAGGGAAUUAUCAUCGGAAGGCCGAGGAGCUAUACGGAAUUCAGCAUGCCUUGGGGUACUGGUGCGAGCUUCCUGAACAAGAGCGUCCUCGGGUGACUCAUCCACCGAGGGGGUUCAUUUCCGUGUAUACUCACCAUUUGGAGAAUGGUCUCCGCUUUCCUUUGGAUCCGUUCGUAUCCGAGGUUUUGGUGUCGUACAACAUUAGUUUGGCCCAGCUCACACCCAAAUCUAUGAGGCACAUAAUCGGAUUUAGAUGGGUGUGUGACUUCGUCAAUUUCCCUUGCUCUGUCGCUAUUUUUCGGGAUCUUCACGAUCUGGUUCUCAACCAUGCUUCCAAGGGUGAUGGGUAUGGUUGGUGGACCAUUGUCAACAAGAAGUCCCGAAAGAGGGGGGAUCCGAACUACAUCACGGCGUACCCCUACCUUAGCUCUGACCACAAUUGGAAGACGGAGUGGUUGCUCGUCCGUGUGCCGACGGAUCCGAAGCAUCCCAACUUUUAUCGUCCUCCGAAGUGGUUCGUGGCUCCUGAUCCUGAUAUGAGGGGUGUGGCGGCUCCAGAUCGGAACCAUCGCCACUAUGUGGACCUCCUCCAGUGGUUCUUGGCUCAAGAGGAUAACCACCGACUGCCGUCUAGCUGGCUCCCGAAUCUCAAUUACAUUCUGAGGGAGGACAUUCUUGCUGUUGCCGGUCUCAGCAGGAUUUUUGACAGGGAGUACGGCUUUAGCUGCAUUGAUCCUAAGAAGUUGGGCAUUUCUUUGGAUUUGAAGACUAUUCACGACCCGGCUCCCGAGUACAAGUUCGGAAAAGAUAACCCUCGUAAUCCUCGUCUGAAGGAUUACGUGUUGUCUCCUUUGGGGGUUGCUCGGAUAUCCGAAGUUCGAGCUGAUCCGUGGGAUUCCGCCUCUUCUGUUGAAGCUGUUCCUGUGAAGGUUGUGCUUCCUGAGUUGAAGACGACUUCGGAUCCGGAUCAACGCAAAAGGAAGGGUAGCACUCUUUUGAGGCCUUCCACGCAUCCGAAGAAAGCGAAGGCUUCUCAGCCCUCGGAGAAGGAAGCAGUUUCGGAAGUCAUGCCUCCUCCUAAGAAUCUUCUUCACUUCAUGCCCUUGCCAGGGCAGAAGUUAAAGAGUGUGGUGGUUGCUGAACCGCCGGCCGUGGAUCAGCCGCUGAUCGAGGAAGAUAUCAUCCCUUCUCCCCUUAAACCAUCUGCUGCUUUGGGGAUCGAAAUCCAGGAUAUCACCGAGGUGAUGGAGGCGAUUGAAGCCGAUUUUGUUCCUGUUUCGGAUGUCCCUGAGGUAGCUGGGGAGAAGAAGGAGUCUGCUGAUCUUCCCUUCGAGAGGGAGAAGAGUCCAGACAAGGAGAUGAUAGAUCUCUCGGGCCCCGAAGCUGCGGUCCCCGAGGUUCAGAAGGAGGUUCCCUCUGCUGGAGAGGAGGAGCAGCCCGAGCAAGGUUUGACGAGGAAGAGGCGCCACUCAACUUUGGGUUCUACUUCUACCUCGGCCCUGGAUAGGCUGAUCCAUGCUGAUCCCUGUUCGGAUGUUCCGCUAAAACGGAUCCCCGAAGAAGUAAGGGAGGCGAUGGCUCGAUAUGCCAGGGCUCCGAUUUUGGGAGAGGACCCUUUGGCUCACGUGGGAUCCUUGGUGGGCCCCGAGGCUGCUCGGGAGAAUCUGCUUCGUGCUAACCCGCAGUGGAGGGUUCCUGGGGCCGAAGAGAGGAAUCCGGCAAUGAUGGCCCAGUACUAUCUGAACGAGGCUGUUUUCUGGUCUUCGUUCGCUUCCGAGUGUAGCUCGGUUGAGGAGAAACAACUGAGGAAAUAUCGUGAGGCUUAUGCUCGUGAUAUUCCCAUUUUGGACCAGAAGGCUGGGCAACUCCUCUCCGAGCUUACGGAACUCAAGCAGCUGUACCUUCACUAUAGUCGCGAGGCUAGAGAGUCUGCUGAGAAGAUCGGGACCGAGGUUGGCCAGCUCAUCUUCCGAGUUGAAGAUGAUGCUGAGAAGAUCGCUUCCUUUGCUGAGGAGAAGAAGGAUAUGGCCGCUAAGUUCGCUAGCGAACUUGAGGAAAAAGAUAGACUCUUCCAGGAGAUGAAGUCUAAAUUUGAAGCGGCCGACAAGGAGCGUAAAGAGGCGGAGUUAAGGCUCCACCAUUUUGUCCAGCAUCGGGAGCUGAUCCAGCAGCAAGCUGAUAAGGUGCCUGUCCUUCGGCUGAAGCUUCGGGAAAAAGAUGACUAUAUUCGGAAGCUGGAGCAGGAGCGAGUCAACCUCUACACUGCUGAUCAGUGUAGAGAGCAGUACUGGAACGGCAUCCUGGGUGCUCGGCGCAUGUUUGCGAAGCACAUGCCUCACUUCCCUUGGAACGAGAAAGUUCCUCUAUGGAUGCAGGCCGAGGACCACUUGGUGGAAUGCCAAGCUGAUCGAGAUGAAGCUGAAGCUGAACGCCAAGCUGCUCUUGCAGAGGCUCGGGCCCAGAAGGCAACUUCCGAAGGUGAUACCACUGCUGGGGGUUCUUCGAAGGAUGCUCCCCUAGGGGCCGCUUCUGAGACUCCCAAGAGUUAGG